AUAUAUCCAAAUUGCCAUUUCACCAAAAAAGCCCUGAUCAAAGAACAUCCGGUGCCAUUAUGUUAAUGAUCAGAACAGGAUCUUGAUUUUCGUGGCGAGGAAAAGAAAACAAAUCGGCUUUUUUUGUCCCUAAUGAACUCUAUUCAAGCGUGGGUCUGGUGCAGUAUUAAUUAAUUCAUCUGGAAUCUAGAGGCAGUCCUAAAAAUCAUACAUCUUGAAGCGCCUGGCUUGAGCUCAUCAAUCAUCCGAUCCAUCUCAAUAAUUACAAGAAUCUGUUUCGAUUUAGAGCAACAAUUUAACCUGCACAUCGACAUAGGAAUCAAAGCAUCAUUAAACAAGACAGGAAAUCGUUCCCUAAGAACAACAGCGCUUGGCAGCGUCGCAAAGACUUCGACUCGAAAUCUGCGUCAGUGUCUGUUGUUAUCAACAAAAAGACAUCCAUUCAAAGUUUUUAAAAAAAUGGAAUCGAAUCUGUCAGAAAUUUUCUUCCCAAAUUUCACCAAUUUUGUCUCUCGGAAUGAAACUUUUUCAGUCGUGGUACUGAACGACACUUUUGAGUUACAUGACCUUAUCUCCAUGGAUGUACCGAUGGAGGAUAAGAUCAUUUACGCCUUCUUAGUGCUGCUGGGAUUGCUUAUCAUUGCUGCCAACCUCCAGGUCUUAGUUCUUGCAGUCAAGUUUAGAUUCCUUCGCAAGAAGACGAAUUACAUCAUCAUUAGUCUUGCCGUCUCGGAUCUCUUGUCCGGAGCGUUGGCAAUCCCUCUUCUUGUGGCAUGUUCAUCUGUAGCGGAAUACUCACUGACUUUGUGGGUAGGCAUGGAUAUUUGCCAGAGGUUUCUUGCCAUCUCGACAAUCCUUCAUUUAGUCGUGGCAGUUCUUAACCGUUAUUUUAGGAUUGUCAGGCCGUUCCUGUACCGACGUGUCGUUACAGUAUUUCGUCUUGGUAUGAUAAUAAUGUGUUUGUGGGCUAUCUCCCUUACCACGGCGUUUAUUCAAAUUGCAUGGCUUCAUGAGAAACAAGAGUCUCGCAUUUCUUUCAUCUACGAUUCCGCAGUUCUUGUCGUCUUGGUACUUGUGCCAUUCCUUGCCAUCAUUGCUGCUUGUGCUCGUACAUUUGGUGUCAUCAAACAAAGCAGGAAGCAUCAUGGAAAAGAAGAGCUCAGAAGCUGCAAGCUCAAGAAAAGUCAACGCAAAGCAUUAACGUUAUACUGCAUCAUGACAACAUGCUUCGCAAUUGGAUGGUUCCCCUACUUCGUGUUGUCCAUAACAGAGGACUUAGAAAUUGAGAUCGAGCUGCCCUAUUGGUUAAGCAUACUCUUUCUAUUCCUUAAGUAUGGGACAUCUCUAGCAGACCCCUUGUUAUACACUUUCCUCAAAAGUGACUUCCAAGCAUCGAUCAGGUACAUCCGUCGCGGCAAGACCAGGGAUACUCGCUCGCAAGUCAGUCAGUUUGUCUCGCAGUCUAGCGGAACAAGUGAAAGGAAUAAUACACUCAAGUUACCCAGUCCGAUGCGAUUGAGGAGUACUAUAUUACAUGAUUCUCAAUUCGCUACUAAAAUCUACUCCUCAAGCCAUAAAAGUUUUGUCUGACUAACGCAUCGAAAGCUUGCCGUCCACACGAGCUUUCUGGUCGUUUCUGUCCACACAAGCUUUUUGUUUUCGGCUGUAUACACUAAAACGACCAAAAAAAGGUCCCCAUUUUCGCUGUCCCACACAUAUACCUACAUUUUUAGAGUGAUGUCCACGUUUUGAAAUGUCUCCACUCUGGAGAGCGUUUUCGAUCAUUUUAGUCGCCUUUAGAUUACGUCUAAAUAUAGGUUUGAAUUAUGUUAUUUUUAAAAGCGUUGAUAGUUGAGCAAAUUAGGAAAAGAAAUUCAUCCCAGGGACACACGAAAAGUUGCUUUGAAAUUGUAGGUAAAUUUG